AUGUCGUUUUCCUUUGCAAGAUUUAAAAUGUGUAGUGUCAACCCAGUAACUGUGCAAAGGUCUACAACUUCUGACAUGUCCUCUGAAAAGCCUAAUCCUUCCCACCACAGUACGGGGGCUGUUCAAAUGAGGAUCAAAAAUGCCAACAGUCACCAUGAUAGACUGAGCCAAAGCAAAUCUAUGAUUCUGUCCGAGAAUGUGAAAGUCACUGAGCCUGUAAAUCGUCAUAGAAGAAAUCAUUCCCAACAUAACCUAACGCUUGCAGACAUCAUUACUACACCGGACCACACAGUAGUGGAGAAAGAAGGAUAUCUUCUAAAAGCUAAAAUAGCAGAUGGUGGCAAAAAAUUAAGGAAAAACUGGUCCACAUCCUGGAUUGUUCUCACAGCUCGGAAAAUGGAAUUCUACAAAGAAUCCAAGCAGCCGGCGCUGGCCAACCUGAAACCAGGAUAUAAACCUGAGUGUGUGGAUUUGUGUGGUGCUCGCAUUGAGUGGACCUCAGAGAAAUCCAGCAGAAAGAAUGUCUUUCAGAUCACGACAGUGUCAGGAAAUGAGUUCCUCCUCCAGUCGGAUAUCGACUUUCUCAUAUUGGAUUGGUUCCACGCUAUCAAAAAUGCAAUUGACAGAUUGCCAAAAGAACGGAGUUGUACACCGAGAAAUUUGGAGUUCAAACUCAGAAGAUCCUCCAGCAUCGAAUUACUGAAUAGCUUAGACACUGAAUCCAAAGAACCAAAGCCUGAACACAGAAAAUCUUUAAUUUUCAGGCUGAACUACAGUGCCUCUGACACAAAUGACAGAAACCGAGUUAAAAGCAGAUUAAAGAAGUUCAUCUCCCGAAGACCCUCCUUGAAAACAUUGCAAGAAAAGGGACUUAUUAAAGAUCAAAUUUUUGGCUCCCAUUUGCACUUGGUUUGUGAGCACGAGAAAUCUACAGUCCCCCAGUUUGUAAGGCUAUGUAUAAAAGCUGUUGAAAGAAGAGGUCUGGAUGUUGAUGGAAUAUACAGAGUUAGCGGCAAUCUGGCAACAAUACAGAAGUUACGAUUUGUUGUCAAUCAGGAAGAGAAGCUGAAUUUGGACGACAGCCAGUGGGAGGACAUCCACGUUGUCACCGGAGCACUCAAGAUGUUUUUCAGAGAGCUGCCUGAGCCGCUGUUCCCAUACUGCUUCUUUGAACAGUUUGUGGAGGCGAUAAAAAUCCAGGACAAAGCCACUCGCAUCCAAUCCAUACGGAGCCUGGUAAAAAAGCUCCCUAGACCAAACUAUGACACAAUGAAAAUCCUCUUUGAACAUCUGAAAAAGAUAGCAGCCAAGGAAUCCGUGAAUCUUAUGUCAACACAAAGCUUAGGAAUUGUGUUUGGACCAACACUCCUUAGACCUGAAAAGGAGACAGGGAACAUGGCAGUCCACAUGCUGUACCAAAAUCAGAUAGUUGAACUUAUGUUGAGUGAGUACAGCAAGAUCUUCGGCUCUGAGGAAGACUGA